UCAAACCCAAAAUAUCUUCUCUCUUUGCGAUGUAUUCAUGUGACAUAUCCUCUACUUCUCCAUAUAAGUCGCAGCAAGAAAGUAGAAAAACGAGGUAAGAAAGGAGAUAAAAUCAAGGGAUAUGAGGAUAAAAACUUUGUUAACAAGUUUAAAGAAAGAAGAAAUGCGAGUACCUGCAGAAAUCAGUGCCAGUAGUGUUACUAGUAGUAGUUCUAAUGAAGAAGAGAACCCGAAAAGAGAGAGCAACAUCCACGUCCACGCCAAGAAAGAGAUUGAUCUUAUGGAUGAGCUCGACUACUGCACUAAUCUCCAUAACAUCCACGACGAUGAUGAUGCAGAAAACCUCCAAGUUCAAGAGGAGCAGGAUAUCGCGUACGGUCAACUUAUAAACUACUGGGGUUGUUUGAUGCCUCCUGCUUGGGAUGGUUUAGUUAUCAAAGAUGAUGAAGAGGCCGGAGAUAAUGAUAUUAUUGAUGGAAGAGAGAACCAUUCACGUAGCACGCUUGGUGAUAUGCGGUUUACCAUAAAGAAAGAGGCCGAGUGUGGGUUGCUGGAAGAUGAUGACGAUGAUGAUGAUGAUGAUGAUGAUGAUGAGAAAAAGCUUUCUUUGAAUCUGAGCUUAAACUAUCAAGAGGUUUUGGAUGCAUGGUCCGACCGCACACUUUGCGCUGAUGAAUCUUCUUCAAUCUUUGUUUCUGCAAAUAAUGCCUAUGUUAGAAUGGGAGAGGUGCCGGUGAUAGAAGAAGAGAGGAGAAGAAGGGAAGCAAGUGUGCUGAGGUACAAAGAAAAACGCCAAACCAGAUUGUUCUCCAAGAAGAUAAGAUAUCAAGUUCGGAAGCUGAAUGCAGAUAAAAGACCAAGAUUCAAGGGCCGUUUUGUGAAAAGGGUAGCCGAGGAGAUGCACAAAUGAUUGCAGAAAAAAAAAAUCCUCAAAAUAUCUUACCUAACUCAACUCCUGUCUGGGGCACGUCUACUGUGCUGUACUAUAGAGAAGUCUAGCACCUGCUGAGUUUACGUCCCAGAAUGCAAAGAUUGAGGCAUGUCAAAUUUUUAUCAGCUCAUGAGUCGUUUUCUCAAUUGGGACCUUAAAGUUACCUCUGGAACAGGGAAAAAGAAGAAGAAGAGGAUGAUACUGAGGUCUAUCCUGUUUGAAUUACAAUUUUCUGAAGUUUUUGUAUAAAAUGUACUGUAGCCCUUUUUACACUUCAUUUUCAUCGUAGCUUGGAUUGAUUUGCUCAUAAUGGGUUCGAAUGAGUUCCAUUUUUCACAAAACAGGAAAGGAAAUUAUACAUAUGAGCAUAAUGAAGAAAACUCAUUCAAUUUUGGAUUGAGUGUCACAUAUAUAUAGAUAUAGAUAGAUGUUCAAG